AUGCCACGGCCUAAAGUACGCCCCGAAAACCGCCAAAGAUCUUAUCGCGCUUGUGUCGCGUGCAAAUCCUCAAAGAUAAGAUGCGAUGCACAGCGCCCCUGCGGGUCAUGCGUUAGACGCGACCAGGCCAGUACAUGCGUAUAUUCCGGAGUUGAUCGUCGACGGAAAGUGAAAGGCGAUGGUUUUCAUGUCCGUUCCAAUUCGGACGCAUCGUUGCCGUCUAAUGUAGUUGCGAGUUCCCCGACAUCCCCGAAUGACUAUGCUGUCCCAAUCAGGGCUUCAUCUUAUGUGAAUCCACCCACUACUGCUCCUAGCUGCAGCGAAGAUCUAAGUAUCCCUACGGCAGCUAGCCGGGUAACUUCCCGAUCAGAAACUCGUGAAAAAUUGUAUGUGGGAGAAACAUCUUCACGCUCAUUUCUUCAUUUCUUGAGAAGAACGAUAAAAGGCUACAUUGGAUCGGUUCCCUUCACUGAUGAGGAGCGACACCAUGUCGCCAUUGAACCACAAUCGCCUACUUCAGAAAUGAGUCCCCCGCAUCCAUCGCCAGAACAGGCAUACUUGCUGCUCAGUUCUUAUCUCGAGGCAACCAGUGGCGUGUUGGAUUUGUUCACCCCAGACGAGCUAGACAGGCUUAUGGUCGAGAGAACAUCAUCAGAGAAUGGCACCGCUCAAUAUUCUUCGAAAGUCGACAUAGAAGCUGCUUUCAAUCUUGCUCUCGCGAUUGGUGCUCAAGUUCGAGGCCAGGCCGAAGAUUUGCAACUUUCGAAGGCUUAUUUUCUUCGCGCCCGCGAAAUUGCUUUCGACGGCAUGCUGAUGUCACAAAACCUCAACACAGUGCGACAUUUUGUUCUUUUGGCAUUCUACACACUUGGUGCCUGUAAUCGAAAUGCAGCAUCGAUGUUCCUCACGAUUGCAGCCAAGGCUGCUGUUAUACUAGGGCUUCAUAGCUCGGAGAAUGACACAGACCUCUCCGAAGAAGAGCAGUCCACCAGAUUCCGGGUAUGGAACAGUGUUCAGAAUCUUGAUGUUUUAAGCAGCUUUCUUCACGGCAGACUCAGAAGUUCACCAGUGAUACGCCAGAACAUAAGUGAUACCGCGCUAUUUAGUGGGGAUAACCAUAAUGCACAGUCUCUCUUUACGGCCAUGGCGAGGGCAUGCAUUCUUCUGGAAGAAACCGUCGACACGCUUGGAAAAAGUAAUAAUAUACUUCACGUCCCCACUGCAGAAACCGUGCUUGAAAGGCUCCGCCAAUGGAGCCGGGGAUUGCCUCAGAAUAUACGACGAUUUGUGUGUCCUCCUGGAACUAAUCGACCUCUCGAUGCAGAAAAUCGACGAGGGCUUCUUGGGAGCAUACAUGUCUCAUGCGUGUAUUAUUUCGCAGUGAUACUGAUUACUCGACCAUUCCUUGUCGCCUACCUGAUGUCUAGACUUCGUGGCAAAGCUCCGGAUCACCUCAUCAGUGACCCCGACGAAGCAUCGGAUAUCAACAUCAAAAAUAACAAAGUGUCAAGGUUAGCUCAAGUUUGUGUCAGCUCAGCUAUCACAAUGGUUGAGAUGUGUGUCAAAGCAAAAGCUUUGAAUUUUAGUUUCGGGAACCUCUGUCUCCUUGAGUAUGUGACUUCAGCUUUCCAACAGACUGGGAUAAAAAUGACUUGGACAUUUAAGCUAACAGUGGGUUUUAACAGAGCAUGGAUAUUUGGCGCAGGUCUGGUUCUCGGAUUUUCAAUGUUCGCGGGCGAACCUCGAAAAGACAUUCAGGCAGCUUUCGCAGAUGCUCAAGAUAUCCUGGGUGACAUCGCUUUAGCAAGCCCACAAGCCCAACUCUACUAUAACAUGCUCACCGACUUCGCCGAGGCUAUUACCAAAUACCGCCAACGUGUGUCUGACGAGACGCAUUACACUGUUCAACACUACAUGGACCGAAUUCUGACUUUUGAGCCGCCAACCCACAGGAAUGAUCUUGGCCAACCAGAUGACUAUGAUGGUCGAAAUGUUGAUGAGAACUGGGGAUUUUCUCUAUCUAAUCCUGCGCAGCCGAGUCCCCUUGUGUUUCCGAUGGGCCUCCCCACGGCUAAUGCAGACGAAAUUAUGCGAGAUCAACAUGAUGGUUGGUUGGAUGGUAGCAUUCCCUUUCCGGAGUUCUUUGUACCUGAGCUUGAGCCUUUCGAUCAGCUAUUUUACACUGUCGAAUGA